GUGUCAUUCUGAUGCAUUGGACCAGUGAGUAUUGGACACACAUGCAUGUCUUGGAUUUCACGAUAGAUGUAUGCCGGUGUGUGAACUCCAUACCCAACUUUCAUUCCGAAGGGUGGCAUAAAAAUACUCUCUGGUUGGCAUUACAUAUGAACAAAUGCCUGACGACGAUAUGGAUACGCAGGCACGAGAUCGGAUCUGAAAGUUAGUAUGAGCGACGAGAAAAGGAGACACAAGAAAGCGCAAGUAUUAAAAAAGCUGGUAUGAAAUGCUUACGAUAUCGAAAGUGAUGGAAAAGAAGACAUUAAAUACGAUCCCACAACCACAAUAGACUUGAAACUACAAAAUAAAUGUGAACUGUCACUAGACUUCAGUACUUUCCUUGAGGAAGCACACCUGUCAAACACCAAACAAACAAACGUCAACAAAAAUGCAAUUUGCGAAUGAAUGAAGUAGGUGUGGGUCGUACACGAGCGUGUUGGUUGUCAAUUGUCGUUUAUAAUAGCGUAUCAUAUUUAAUUUUUCUUGUCUGUUCUGUACAGUUAAAGUUGAUAAAUAUGAUCAACAACUUGGUACAGUGCCGUGUUUGUAUACUCAGUUGUCAACAUUCUCAAGAUUUUGAAGUUAAUAUUUAAGCAGAAAGAAAUGCUGUUCAAUGCAUAAAUUUUUCAAUAUUUUAACGAGAAUGGUACUUUUUUGUGCUUAUGUGUGUUGAAGUGUGCUGUGCUUUUUACAAUUAUGUAUAGUGUAUGGUUAUGAUUGUUACUGUAACAGACAGUUUCUAAUUGUUUUAAGGUAGCCAUUCAGUUCAUAUUAUCAAGAGAUAGUAUGAUCAAAUCUUAUCCAAAAAUGGCUAAUCCUUUUGAUGAAGCUAUUGAAUCUGAAAGAAAUAAUAAGUAUAGAAAAUCUCCGUCCAUUUCAAUUAAUGAUAUUACUUUUGGUGAUAUUGCUGCAAAGUUACUUAAUGAGAACUUUUUAUUAACUGCCCUUGAGUUACAUACAGAACUUGUUGAAGCUGGGCGUGAAGUACCAAAAUUGAAGGAAUUUUUCUCCAAUCCUGGUAACUUUGAACAACAUGCUGUGACCAGACCAGAAAUACAAUCUUCUAUACAUAGAUCUUCCAGUCAAGCUACUCUUGAUUCUUUAGAUCUGACUAGAUAUUCUGAAGAUGGAGAAAGAGGUGUUGAUGAAAGGGUAGCAGUUUUAGAAUUUGAACUUCGUAAAGCCAAAGAAACUAUUAGUGCACUUCGAGCUAAUUUAACUGUUGCUACAGAAUCAGAAGCUGCAUCUCCAGAUGGCCCAGUUUCUUUAAAAUUUCCUCAAAAUGAGUCCAUUAAACCUCACGAACAACGCGCUUUGAAUUUCUUGCUUAAUGAAUAUCUUUUGCAACAUGGUUAUAAGUUGACUUCAAUAACAUUUGCUGAUGAAAAUGAGAAUCAGGAUUUUGAAGAUUGGGAUGAUGUUGGGCUUAAUAUUCCAAAGCCAGCGGAAUUGCUGACACUGUACCGUGACUUCAUGCGGAAUUCUGGGCAUGAUAAAGUACCUCACCAAAGUGUUUGCUGUCAGACUGAAUUGCAAGACCUUGAAAAGGAAACACAAAUUCAUGAAAUGGUUGUGGAAAUUGAAAAUUUGAAGGAACAAUUAAUUGGUUUAGAACAGGAGAAACAAGAUUUGAAACAAAUGUGGUCUGCUGAGAAUAGAUUAAGAAUAGGAGAUGUAUCUAAUAUUACAACACCGGCUUCUGAACUGAUUGGAAUGACAGGAGAAAAUAUUUCCACCCACAGUGCCACUCCAGAAUGUUUUGAAAUGAUAGAUGCAGACUCUAAAAAUGCUGACAAUACAAAUGAAGAUAUAGAAAGAAGGAUAAUUUUAAAAGGCGAUGAUGAUGAAUCCGCUAUUAGUCUAGCAGACACUGAUGUUGAGUGGACACGUGUGACUCUACCACCUGGUGAUGCUGUUGCUGAUGUGAUGGUUGCUCCUGAAUUUUCUUCUGAGGCCCUUUCUGAACCAGCUCCAUCAAUUACAUUAAGCAGUCCAAUUUCUCGCACCAUUCCAGCUGCUUUUCAAAGGGAAGUACUUUCACGAUGCUUCAUUAAUACAUCUCGUCAAAAUGAUUGUCAAAUUUUAGAUGAGAUUUUUGAAGAAGGAAUAUCUGAAGCAAGAUUAGUUCACAUUCUUGGGCAGAGUCUGCCUCGAAUUAUCCCCAAUGUGAUUCUGAAUAAACGAGAGGAAGUGAUACCUCUUAUUAUAUGUACCAUCCAUCUUCAUCCAGCUGCCUCAGAUAGAGAUAAACUUCUGCAUCUUCUUUUCAACUUGAAGAAACGUCCUCAGGAGGAAGAAAGACGCAUGAUAUUGGCUGGAAUUGUUGGAAUUGCUCGAUGUUCAGGAUUGAGCUUAGUGGAAAAUGAAAUACUCCCCCAAUGUUGGGAACAAUUAAGUCAUCGUCAUGUUGAAAGACGCCUCCUUGUCGCAGAAUCUUGCAGUGCACUUGCUCCUUAUGUUUCAAGCUCAAUUCGCAACUCUCUUAUGUUGUCUAUGUUACAACAAAUGUUAUUGGAAGAUCGAGAUGAAUGUGUUCGAGAAAUGGUGGUUAGAAGUUUGGCAUUAAUAGUAACUUUCAUGGAUGACAAGGAUAAAUACUUCCAGUGCGAAGAGUUGGCUAUGACGGCUUUAGACGAUCCAUCCUCUGCUGUUGUUGGCUCUGCCAUUAGAACACUUCUGCCGGUCCUUGCGAAAUGGGCUUUGGAUUUAGGUCGCUUGGAAUCUCAUUUACUACGUCGUCUUUUACAGAAAUUGAGAGGUCAAACAAAGGCAACACCGCCAAGCUCUCCAAAUAGUAUGGCACAAAGGAAAGUGGAAGAAAAUGAUCAAAGAACUGUGUAUACGGUAACAGUUUUGCAAGUUCUUUUGCCAUAUUUAUUGGUUUCUGUUGCUGCUGUAGAGCCUGUGAUUCAACACACCAGUUCUGAUGAAUCUUCAGAUCCAAGACAACUUUUUUCAAAACAGAAUCUCGGUUUAACAAACCCUUAUGUGUUCUAUGAAGGUGAUUUUGAUAUUGGUAAUGUCUUAAAGUCUUUUGAUUCAUGUAUUGAAGAAGCAAGUACUGAUUGGUCUCAGUUAGAGUGGAUUAGUACUCAGAUGCUACCAGAUCUUCUUGAUGUUAUUAAAGGAAUCGAAGUUUCUCAUGAGGCAGUAGUUACAGCCCUUAUAAAGUUUUUUCAAGAAUUUUGUUUGUGUUUUGGAAAAACCUUUAUUAAGCAGAAGGUGAAGCCAUUAUUUGUCCAAAGAGUGCAACAUUUAGAGUCUGCAAUUACAGCAAUGGGGAGAGGAAAUUCUUGCCCCCCACUUACUCUCAUUCCAGUUUAUGUUGUAGGAGUGUUGGCUUCAAUGGAGGUUCCUGGUGCUGUGGAAGAAUUAGGAAUGGUGCUAAAAAGAUUCCUUUGUGGGCUUGCUGUUUGUGGAACUCCUUUGGAUGCCUUGGAUGUAAGCGUGCGUUGCCUUUGUGAAGAACCAUCUUUGCAAGAUACUGUUGUCUCAAUGCUUUGGGAAGGAGUUGUCCACCCUCGAGCUGUAGUGCGAGUUGCUGCAGCUUCCUUAUUUGUCACUGUUGUGGGCAGCAUUGCUGACAAUUUGUUGACAACUCGUGUAGCUCCUGCUUUAGUGACAUUAGCUAGUGACCCAGAUAUUGCUGUUAAAACUGCCACAUUACCAGCCCUUGGAUCUUUGAUUACAAGUACAUCCAUUAAAGAGGUCCAAGAUAAGACUUACAUGCAGAUUCAAAGCUUCUUAUCUGAUCCAUCUAUAAGAGAAAAUCAUUCCAUGCUGUUGCAGCUUGUUGUUACGAUGGGGAGUAUAGUUACAGCAUGUGAUUCAUGGUUUAGAGAAGAAGUUAUUGUUCCACAAUUGGCUGCCUUGUCAUCCUAUGCUGAACAGUUGACUAAUCAAACUCGACGCCUUGAUUUAGCAACAGUUCUUAUUGAGGCUUUCUCAGCCACAAUAUAUUGCUCUCUGCCAAAGAACAUCAUUAGUUCUCAUUUAUUGCCAGGACUGAGAUCAUUAGAGUCUAUUAGCAGUCAGUCUUUGCUUGUUCAUCAUGAGACAUUGCUUGCCAUGAUCAAAGGAGCAGAAUCACGCAUAGAAAUCCAACGCCCAAUGGAAAGGUCAGGUAGCAUCAGUUUGGCAUCUGCCACAGCCAAUGUUGGUCAUGGAAUGGAAGACAUGAAACAACGGGUCACCAAAAUAUUUCAAAAACCAGCUAUGAAUCGCCCCCCAAACUUACCAAAUCUUCAAGGAAUAUUUCGUAAGAAAUGAUUGCUAUUUGUAUGCUACAUUGCUUGGUUGGUAAGAAGAAAAUUACAGACUAUUGAACUUCACAUAAUAUGAUCAAUGUUUUUUAUGAAAGGAAGAUUAUUUUAAUAUACAUUUACCAAUUUCCUAGCUGUUAUUAUUUUGAUGAUAACUAUCAUUGUGCAUACUUUUCUUCCUCAUUAGAGUAACUAUUUUUUUAUAAUUUAUUGUGUGAAUUACAAAUCCUGAUAUAUUUAUAAAUUAUGUUGCAGAAAAAAAUAUGUUGGGAGUUGCUGAAAUGUCUUUCUCAAGUGAAAUUUGUCUUCAAGGCUUUUUUAUGUAUGUUUUUCUUUAUUAAGGUUGUGAUAUACAAAUUCCUUUUAGAGAAUAUCAUUCCGUCUCCAAUGAAAAUAUUACGUGUGGAGGAGGACAUGUACAGUUAUUUUGUAUAUAAUGUAUGCGUUUUGAAGUCUAUUUUAUUAAACUUUGACAUGGUAAAUUGUAUGCACUGUGCUGUAUGUUCAAUUUCAUUUUUGUAACAGCAGGUGAAUAUUCCACUUUGUCUGCCUUAUUGCAUACACUAUUCCAAAUAACUCUGUUGGAAAGUAUACAACGUAAUAUACCAAGAUGCAAUUAUAUGUGCCUAUCUCCUAUUGUGCCAAAAAAAUGAUCUAGUUCGAGGGUAAACAUUACACACAAAAAAUUAUUUUAUCUGAGGAAUAUUUGAUUGUCAAAAUUUGUAAUUUCGGAAAUCACAAAUGCCUUAAUGGUGGUACUGUUUACAUCCAUAUUUAUCUAAAAGGAUUGGAAUUUGUGUAUUUUACUUUGGUACAUCUUCAAAGGAAUGGACUGCUUUAUUGGUAUAAAUUUAUUUGUAUUUAUCACACACUUCUAUACAUAGUUGUAACUUUAAUUUUAAUAAUCUUGGUACUGGAAUGUGACUGGAGCAGAAAAACACCCUUCAAUUAAUGAAAUAAAGUUGUUUCAAAGUAAAGAAAUUUGUAAGGAGUUUAUUACUUAGAUCACUUGUGUAUAAAAUGAGAACCUCCGUUACCAUUAUCAAUCUGUGUAAAGCUUUUGAACAUUAUCAACAGGAUUUAGAUCUAAGUUUGGGUCAGUUCAAACAACUAGUUUAUUUACUAGCCAGUAAAAACUCAUGGAUAAAGAAGCACAAAAUGUACUAGAAUUAUUAUAAAUAGCAGUAAUGUUGGGAUAAUAUAUAGGCAGAACAUUGGCCAAUUGAUGAUGUAGUAAUUUGAAUAGAUGGAGCCACC